AUGGUGCAACUCGCAAGUCAGUUCGGACUGGACCUUUUGGGCUCUGUUUCACGUGCGGAUAUCAGGAACGAUCCUGAAGCAUCAUCUCGAAGGCAUCUGGAACGCGUAUUGUUGAGCCACUGUGCCCUCACCAAGCAAUGGGCUUCCCUCGUAGGCCUUGCACUAGCCUGUAUGAUCUACGCAGCACUAUGGAUCGCGAGUACCAAGCGUGCCAGACUCCCGCAUGGCCUGUCGAGGUCAGCUCAUUGCACGGCCUUCGGCAACUGCUACGGUAUAGCAAAGGCAAACCGAGAUCCCCUCAUAGUUGUUCCCAAGGAGAAAAUGAAGUGGUUCGUCGAUCGGAAGGACGGCGCAACAAGCCACGAGUCGUUCCUGAUGAACACGAUUGUCCCCGAGCACAGCUUCCCGCAGGCCGAAGCAUGUCGACCUGUCUACGCGAUGCGAACAACAAUCAAGUACAUAACGCCUCGAUUGCCCAAAUCGGUGGGCACGAUGUGGACCGAGAUCGGCUAUCAAUUCGACCGACACUGGCCUACGGACUGGAGUGUCUACACCGACGUAGCAUUGGUUGAGUCUCUUACACACAUUAUGGAUGCUGUCAUGUGUGCAGCACUCCUAGACCAGUCAAUGAGUCGCGACGAAGCUUUCAUCCGACUAUCGUACUCCUUCGACCGUGGAGUGGAGAGAAAGAUAGCAUUGUGGCCGAUGCAACCCGACAUCUUCAAGCCUCUCAUCGGACCACUGUUUCUGAAAGCGCCCCAGCGAUGGCGAUACUCGAGGCUGAGCCCUUUCUUCGCGAAAGCCGUGGGCGAACGUCUGCAAGCACUUGCUGAUGGCGGUGCAGAAGCGUCGAUUGCCGAUUAUUUCAUCACCUGGUAUAUCAUGGACGCCAGGCUGGCAGACAACCCGAUCGAUCCUACGCCCGACGCGGUAGCCGCGCAUUUCCUUGCCCUCAAGAUCGGCGCGAUAGCUGGACGACACAACGUUUUGGACAUCCUGAGGGACGAAGCGACGACCGUGUAUGGCGAUGCUGGCCAGAAGUGGUCAAAACCAGCAAUCGACAAGCUCUAUCGGCUGGAUUCUGCCGUCCGUGAAAGCUUCCGCUGUUCACCUUUCGAGAACUAUGGUCCUUGCCGUGUGGUCGUGGCCAAAGAAGGUCUACACAACUACGAAGAGGGCUGGACUGCUCGGCCAGGCACUGUGCUUGCAACGAACAUAUGGGAACAUUAUCGCAAUCCAGCACUCUAUCCGGAGCCGCAUCGCUACGAUCCAUUCCGAUAUUCGCGUGAACGAGAGCGGCUUCUUGAGUGUGACGGGACAUUUCCUUUGACUGAACGCGACACAUUGCUGAAGCAGUUGAGCCUCACGUAUGUUGGCACGGACUUCCUCGCUUUCGGUGCCGGCCGUCACACUUGGUGGCUAUUUUAA